ACCUUGACUCGCGACUCACGAACCAACGAAGGAAGUGCAUCGGUCUUUCCCCGUUCUUUCCAAUUUCCAGGAGAGAAGCGUGUAAAGGGUCUGUUUCUUUUCGCUUGUCUGCGGCGGCAGGAAAAGGAUCAAGAACGAAAAUGGCGGUCGGGAAGGCAGAGAUCGAGAUCUUCAAGCCCCGUACGGACAAGAGAGAAUACAGACGAAUCGUCCUUCUGAAUUCCCUCGAAGCUCUCCUCAUCAGUGAUCCCGAUACAGACAAGGCUGCAGCGUCCAUGGAUGUCGGCGUGGGUUCUUUUAGUGACCCCGACGGUCUUGAAGGUCUUGCCCAUUUUCUUGAGCAUAUGCUGUUUUAUGCUAGUGAGAAGUAUCCUUUGGAAGAUAGCUAUUCAAAGUACAUAACAGAGCAUGGCGGUAGCACAAAUGCUUUUACCUCUUCUGAGCAUACAAACUUCUAUUUUGAUAUUAACACAGACUGUUUUGAAGAGGCACUUGAUAGAUUUGCACAGUUUUUUAUCAAACCAUUGAUGUCUCCUGAUGCUACUCUGAGGGAAAUAAAAGCAGUUGAUUCCGAGAAUCAGAAAAAUUUAUUGUCUGAUGCUUGGCGAAUGAGUCAGCUCCACAAACAUCUUUGUGCAAGGGCACAUCCGUACCACAAAUUCAGCACAGGAAAUUGGGAUACUUUAGAGGUUGGUCCCAAAGCAAAAGGGCUCGAUAUAAGACAAGAGCUGAUUAAAUUCUAUGAACAAAAUUACUCAGCAAACCUCAUGCAUCUUGUUGUGUAUGGAAAAGAGAGCCUCAAUGAAAUUCAAAGACUGGUGGAGCAAAAAUUCUGGGAAAUUCAAAAUACUGACCGGAGCACUUUUAAUUUUCCGGGUCAGCCUUGUGCCGCUGAACAUCUUCAGAUUCUUGUCAAAGCUGUCCCAAUAAAACAAGGCCAUAAACUGAGGAUUAUUUGGCCGAUCACUCCAGGCAUACGGUUUUACAAAGAAGGACCUUGUAGGUAUCUUGGUCACCUUAUUGGGCAUGAAGGAGAAGGCUCUCUUUUCUACAUCUUGAAAACAUUAGGAUGGGCUACAAGUUUGUCUGCUGGAGAAGGCGAUUGGACUCAUGAGUUUUCAUUCUUUAAAGUAGUUAUUGAUCUAACUGAUGCGGGACAUGAUCACAUGGAAGAUAUUGUUGGCUUACUGUUCAAAUACAUUCUCCUCUUACAGAAGUCUGGGGUUCAGAAAUGGAUUUUUGAUGAGCUUUUGGCAGUUUGUGAAACGGGGUUCCAUUAUCAAGACAAAAUCCCUCCUAGUGAUUAUGUGGUCAGCAUUGCAUGUGGAAUGCAGCUAUACCCUCCGGAAGAUUGGCUUGUAGCAUCAUCCUUGCCUUCUAGGUUUAAUCCAGGCACCAUUCAAAUGAUAUUGGAUGAACUCACUCCAAAUAACAUCAGAAUCUUUUGGGAGUCGAAGAAGUUUGAAGGAUCUACAGACAUGGUAGAGCCAUGGUAUGGAACUGCAUAUUCUGUUGAGAAAAUCACAAGUGCCAGGAUACAGCAAUGGUUAGAGACGACUCCUAAUGCUGACGUGCAUCUUCCAGCACCAAACGUAUUCAUUCCCACUGAUUUGUCAAUUAAAGACGUGCAAGAGAAGCCUAAAUUUCCAGUUCUGUUGAGGAGGUCUUCCAUUUCAAGAUUGUGGUACAAACCUGAUACUAUGUUCUCCACCCCUAAGGCUUACAUCAAGAUAGAUUUCAAUUGCCCUGAAUCAAGCUACUCCCCCGAAGCCGAAGUCCUUACUGAAAUUUUUACAAGGUUAUUGAUGGAUUAUUUGAAUGAAUAUGCUUAUGAUGCUCAAGUCGCUGGUCUUUAUUAUGGGAUAAACAACACUGAUGCUGGAUUUCAGGUGAUAGUGGUUGGUUAUAAUCACAAAAUGAGGAUUUUAUUAGAAACAAUAAUUGGAAAAAUUGCACAGUUCGAAGUAAAACCAGACAGAUUUGCUGUAAUCAAGGAAACGGUAAUCAAAGAGUACCAAAAUUUCAAGUUUCAACAACCGUAUCAGCAGGCUUUGUACUAUUGCUCAUUAGUACUAGAGGAUCACACAUGGCCUUGGACUGAACAUCUUGAAGUUCUUCCACAUCUUGAGGCUGGUGAUCUUGUGAAAUUCUCACCUUGCAUGCUCUCAAAGGUCUUCUUGGAGUGUUAUGUGGCAGGAAACAUCAAACCAGAUGAAGCUGAGUCAAUAGUCCAACAUAUUGAAGACGUUUUCUUCAAGGGUCCCCUACCUAAGAGCAAAGCACUAUUCCCAUCUCAGCAUUUGACAAAUAGAGUUGUUAAGCUUGAAAGGGGCACAAGUCACUUUUACCCUAUUGAGGGUCUAAAUCAAAGUAAUGAGAAUUCAGCACUAGUCCACUAUAUCCAGGUUCAUCAAGACGAUUUUAAAUUGAAUGUGAAAGUUCAGCUUUUUGCUCUCAUUGCUAAGCAACCAGCUUUUUAUCAGCUUCGAACAGUCGAGCAGCUUGGAUACGUUACUGUGCUUAUGCAGAGGAAUGAUUCAGGCAUUCGAGGAGUGCAGUUUAUUGUCCAAUCCACUGUCAAGGAUCCAGCGAAGCUUGAUUUGAGAGUAGAAGUGUUUCUUAAGAUGUUUGAAAGCAAGCUUUAUGAAAUGACCAAUGAUGAAUACAAGAGCAAUGUAAAUGCACUGAUUGAUAUGAAGCUGGAGAAGCACAAGAAUCUGAGGGAGGAAUCUGCAUUUUACUGGCGCGAGAUUGUGGAUGGUACCCUCAAGUUCGAUCGGAGAGAAUCUGAGGUUGCUGCAUUAAGAGAUCUCACCCAACUGGAACUGAUAGAUUUUUUCAACGAGCAUAUCAAGAUAGGGGCACCUCAAAGAAAGUCUCUGAGCAUACAGGUCUAUGGGGGCCUACAUUCUGCUGAAUGCAAAGCAGCCAAAUGUGAAACCAAUCGGCCCCAAUCCAUUUGGAUUGAUGAUAUUUUCAGCUUCAGAAGAUCACGCCCUCUGUUUGGUUCUUUCAGAGGAGGCUUUGGUCCUAUGAAGUAUGAAUGCUUCAAUCCAGCUAUUUUGCAGAAAAAUAUAUAGGGUGUGUGCAGAAUUCAGCGUUGCCCCAUGUGUAUCCAAAUUGUCGUAAGAAACCCUUUAAUGAACUAAUCAGAAUGAUCUGAUUUGUUUGACAUUGAUAAAUAGAGUUCAUGAUUCUGUUC